AAUGAAUUCAUUAUUUAAAUUAUGCAUUUAAGUAUGUUAUAUGUUGUUACAAAAGUGGUGUAAUAAGUGUUGUGUGAUUAAAAGUUUUAUGCAAAUUUAUGUUUUUAUGAGGUACUUUUUCUUAUAGUAAUUGUGAUUUUUCUUAGCGAUGACUCACGUUAAUUUAAUUUAUACGAUUCUCGAAGUGAAUACAAUUAUUCGCUUGCGGUAAACUGAAAUAUAGAACCGAUAAUAUUCAGCCAUUUAUAAAACAAUCCUUCAAGAUUCUGGGUCAAAUAUUGAUAAACUUAUCAAAUGUUAAUGAUUAAAUUGGUACAUGUUCUGCUUCUGCUCUCAUUACAGUGACAGAAUUUGUAAUAUAUAAUAGGUAGUGAGUACAAACAAUAAAUUACCAUAAUUUAAAACCUCAAUUUAAAAUUUAAAUUGUCGGCAAUGAGUGCAAUCGCGACGGUAAUUCUUUCAGCGGCAAUAUUUAUUUUUUUGUUACGGUGGUUUCGCUCUAAGUUAGUUAAGCAAACAAAUUUUAUAAAAAAAAUUCCCGCUCCGGCUUCGUCCCUUCCACUUUUAGGAGUUGCGUUAGAUUUCGCCUCAAGCAAAGCGGUUCUUAAAGUUUUGUUACAAUACACGAAUACUUAUGGGUCAAUUGUAAAGGCAAAAAUAGGGCCAAUACGUCAGUUGAUUUUGGUUUCCGAUUAUAAAUUAUUAGAGCACGUUUUAAGCAGCACGAAGGUUCUAGUAAAGUCUGACGAUUAUAACUUCUUGCGACCAUGGUUAGGAAAUGGGUUACUAACAAGUGACGGUCGUAAAUGGAAAGAACGUCGACGCAUCCUAACACCAGCUUUCCAUUUUCAAAUCCUGGAACAAUUUAUUGAAGUUUUCGAAUCCUGCGGGGACACGUUUAUCAAAAAGCUGGAACAAAAUAUUGGCAAGAUUAGUUUCGAUAUUUAUCCCUACGUUACUUUAUGUUCUUUGGAUAUAAUCUGUGAAAGUAUCAUGGGAAUAAGCAUAAAUGCUCAGAACAACGAUAAAUCGGAUUAUGUUAAGAGCGUUAAAAAUAUGUGCAGAAUUGCAAUUGAUAGAACAAUUUCACCAAUAGAAAUGCAUGACAGUUUGUAUCCUUUUACAAGAAAUUACUACACGCAGAAGAAAGCCAUCGCUGUUUUGCAUAAACAAAGUAAUGGGGUGAUUUCCUCCCGAAAAAAGGAGCUGGAAAAGAAUCCUUGCAACAAUAACAAAAUCGACCCUGAAUUAUACAUUAAAAAUAAAAAGGCGUUUUUGGAUUUAUUGCUUCACGCAACCGUCGACGGUCGGUCGCUUACCCAUGAGGAAAUAAGAGAAGAAGUUGAUACGUUCAUGUUCGAAGGGCAUGACACUACCUCUUCAGCGAUAAGUUUUACGCUUUAUUGUUUGGCCAAUCAUCUAGAGGUCCAGAAAAAAGUGCUUGAAGAACAACAUCAAAUUUUUGGAAAUAAGGAAAAUUCUUUAGUGACGUAUGCAGAUUUGCAAAACAUGAAGUACUUGGAAUGUGCGAUUAAGGAAAGUUUAAGGUUAUAUCCGUCCGUACCACUUUAUGGAAGAAAAUUAGACGAAGAUCUCGCUUACGGUAUUAUCUACUCCUUUAUAAUUCAUAGUACUUACAGUUUAUUUAUAGGUGACGAGGUUAUACCUAAAGGUGUAACACUUCUGCUGUUUGCAUUUGGAAUACACAGAAAUCCUGACUAUUAUACUAAUCCUGAUGAAUUUAGACCAGAAAGAUUCGAAAAUAGUGAUGGGAAGCUACCUUACGCAUACAUACCUUUCAGUGCUGGACCAAGAAACUGCAUAGGCCAGAAAUUUGCAAUGCUCGAAAUGAAAAGCGUGAUUUCAAAAGUGUUGCGAAAUUUUGAAUUACGACCAGCUACACCCGAGCAUAAGUUGGAUCUAAUCGCCGAAGCUAUUCUUAAGUCAGCAAAUGGUAUAAAUAUAAGUCUGAAGAGACGACUUGUAACUGAAUAACGAUUUAUUUUUAAAUGUUAUAUUUAAAAAUAUUCUUGUUAAUAAAAAGUCAGUAUUUGUUA